AGUUUCCUCAAACGCAGGUACAGAAAACUAAUAUAGAUUCAGUUCAAUCCUAGGAGGUACUUGCCUUUACAUAAAAAUAAUGGACAUGAUUACUUAUUUUCAUAAAAUAAUAUAGUAACAAUUGGUCUUUACCCAUAUCUGAAAUAAUGAUUAUAUGUACAACAUAAAAAGUCACAAAUCUUAAAUGAAAAUUUGCAUGUAGUCGUUAAAGUGAAUUCUAAAAAUUCUAUAAGUAUAUAUGAAGUGAAUUUAUACUCCUGUAAUAAUUUUUAUCAUAAGGCUUAUAGAGCUUCUGAUUAUACAAAGUUUUAUGGAAUAUUUAAAAUGAAAAAUACUAAUGAAAUUUAAAAACUUUAAUAGGAGAAAAUUUAUGCGACAGAUACCAUGAUUUUACCCUAAAUGAAGACAAAUCUAUGGUAAAUUGGGAUGUAUCUUAAAUUACAAAGUGCAAAACUGCAAAAAAAACUUGAAGGAGGAUUAUAUAAUAUUAAUUUUAUAUCUAAAUGGAGUUUUAUUUAAAAGACUAAGGUGUUUCUUAAGAGACCAAAUCGAUACUUAUAAGACUAUCAUAACUUAACUUUAAAAUUAUUCAUUAAAUCAAAUCUAAGAAUUAAAGCAAAAAUUUUUUCGAAUUAUCUAGUAAAAAUAAAGGCGAACAUUAGAGAAUUAGAAUGUAAAAAGUUGCAAUCUUCCUUGUAAUUAAUUAUAUGUAAAGUCUUUAAGCUUAGGAAUGAGUAGAAAUGCCCAAAUAUAUAUUUGAUGAGUAGUGGAUGAACACUUUUAGGGAAAAGGUGAAAAAUAUUGAACUAAAUACAAAAAAUUGUAAGAAAUAAUAAUUAAUUAG